AUGGCUCAAGAGAUGCCGGGCAGAGUGCCGGCAGCUUCGGAUCCGCCUCGCUCUUCUGGCUACGACGCAGGGCCUCCGGCUGUUGCCACCAAAGCCAAGAAGGCUGCCAAGACCUCUCCGGUCCGCUUCUUGCUCCUCAAUCUGUUGUUUCAUAUCGUCUACAUUUCAUCCAUCUUUGACAUCUACUUCACCUCGCCCGUUGUUCAUCCUGAACCCCGCUUCAGCGUCAAAGGAACCGUUCAACACUCGACCAAUACCAGCACGGACCAUCUCCAAGCGCCCGCGAAGCGUCUCGUACUGAUUGUCGGCGACGGACUGCGUGCCGAUACUCUCUUCAAGAAGCACUCUCCUCCACUCUUGCCAACAUGGUCAAUACCGCGAGAUGCCUCCUAUAGUCAAGAUGGCGUUUUGGGCUCGUGGACAUCGUUCGCCAAGGAUCCCCUACGCCAACCGUACCCGUACCCGCUCGCCCUCGAAUCGAACAAGUUGAUAACAGAUGCCCAAGAGCUGUCAGGUCAAGCCCCAGAUUCUGCCUUUGCAGCGCCAUUCCUGCGCAGCGUUUCCAGAAACCGCGGUGUGUGGGGCCUCAGUCAUACUCGUGUGCCUACCGAGAGCAGGCCAGGUCAUGUUGCCAUGAUUGCAGGCAUGUACGAAGACGUCAGUGCCGUGACGAAAGGAUGGAAGCUCAAUCCCAUUGCCUUUGACUCGCUCCUCAACCAGUCCAGCCACUCCUUUGCUUUUGGCUCCCCUGACAUCGUGCCCAUGUUUGCCGUUGGAGCGGCAGCUGACCGGGUCGACAUGUGGACCUACGACGAGCAAGACGAAGACUUUACCAAGGAUGCCAGUCACUUAGACUUGUGGGUCCUGGACCGCUUCAAAGACCUUCUCAAACGAGCACACAACGAUGCGCCGCUCAACGCAAAGAUACGAGAGCCAGGUACUGUCUUCUUUCUUCAUCUGCUAGGUCUCGACACCACAGGUCAUACCUACCGUCCCAACUCUCCAGAAUAUGUCGGCAACACGAUCGUGGUCGAUGCAAUCACACGUGAGGUCGAGCGGCUUAUUAACGAGUUUUUCGACAACGACGAGCGAACUGCCUACGUGUUCACAGCUGAUCAUGGUAUGAGCGUUAAAGGAAACCAUGGUGAUGGUGACCCAGACAACACGCGCGCACCACUCGUGGUGUGGGGAGCGGGAGUGCGCGAACCUAGACCCGCCACGUCACAGCAGAAAAGGCUGGCAAUUGCUGAAGCAAAGCAGGAUUCUUACUUUGCCGAUUGGCAUCUCAAUGAUAUUGUCCGUUCUGACGUCGACCAGGCCGACAUCACACCGCUCAUGUCCACAUUGCUUGGUGUGCCGGUCCCGGCCAACUCGCAAGGUCGCCUCCGUCUCAAUUUGACAAAUCUGCCCGAAGAGCACAAAGCACGUGCGCUUCUUGCAAAUGCUCAACAAGUGCUCGAGACCUAUCGAGUGAAACACAACGCGCGAGGUAGAAGGAUGGUGCGGUAUAAGCCUUUCGUUCCUCUCUCGCAAGGGAUCGGAGAAGCGCAUCCAGGCGAGAAAAGGGUAUCCCAAAUCCUGGCUCACAUUCAAGAGGGUCAGUUCGAGCAAGCCGUUAUCCAGAGCAAUGCGCUCAUCGACGAUUCCAUCGAAGGUGACCGUUAUCUGCAGACGUAUGACUGGCUGUUGCUGUGCUCGAUUGUCGCGAUGGGCUAUGUAGGCUCCAUGGUGUACGCAUUCACCUUUUUGCUUCGCAACUACAUGCUUCCAGACGAGUUGAUAGACGGCCUGAUCUCUAGCUCCUUGUCCGGCGUUAAGAAGCGGCCAACUUUCGUCAAGGUUGCGGUCGCGCCACUUUCAGGGGCAAUGUUUGCACUAUUUGCUGCGCAGGAGAUGCCUAUAUCAUACUACCUCUACGCCGCUCUGGCGUUCUUAUUCUGGGGUCGUAUUCUUGAUGAAACGCCCAUUCUAUUUGCGGCCUAUCAACACAUCUCACGGUCCAACGGAGGCACCUCCAAAAUCAAGGCAGUGAUCAUGGUGGUAUCGAGCCUCGGGAUGAUGGAGCUCAUGGCAAUUGGGUAUCUUUAUCGAGUCGCCUGGUUCAUCGGCUUUGUGCUGAUCGGCUUUGCCUGGCCUGCCUUUGCUCUGUCGGCCGACUUCAAGUCGGACAACGAGGGCCUUGUCCUCGUGUGGGGUCUUUCAUGUCUCAUGACCGGUCUCUUCACGAUUGGCGACGUCAACAAGGAGGAGAGCAUACCCUUGCUGAUGCUGAGCGCUACCUUGUUCCUCGCUGCAGGCUGUCUCGUCAUUACUCGUCCGCACCUUUUUUUUCCGAUUGCAUUCACUCCACAGGCGACAAAUGAUGACGCGUUUGGACAAGCGAUCGCAGAUGCGCACUCACUACAUCUUCUUCACACUUUGCGAACGCUCCGUGUGCAGUUGGCUGUGCUCGUCAUCACCGCCAUUACAACAGCCAUCUCAGCAAGGUCACUGCAACUCAAGCAGGGACUUCCAUUCGCGACUCAGGUGCUGGCGUGGAUCUGUCUUGCCACGUGUCUCGUCUUUCCGUUUACAUAUGGCUUUAGUCGGGCCAUCUCAAUUGGGGCAGAGGGAGACGCACCUCACAGAGCAAAAAUCAGACAGUCAAGUAGUCAACGCUUGGCAAUCGUUGUUUUCGCAUUCGCUCCGGUUUUUGUACUUCUCUCGCUGCGGGACGAAGUAUUGUUCUUUGGCUGCUAUGCGGUGACAUUGCUCAUCUGGGCCAAGAUGGAAGGGUCGCUUCACGAAUCUCAGCUCGAAGGAGUACGAGCAGGACAAACGGAAAGAUUGCUGCAGCUACCAGAGCUGAGGGUCAGCCUUUUCUAUCUCUUCUUCCUUCACGUCGGCUUCUUUGGGACAGGCAACAUCGCGUCGAUCUCCUCAUUCUACCUUUCACCAGUGUACCGCCUCGUACCGAUAUUCAACCCAUUCCUUAUGGCCACACUGCUGAUUCUCAAGAUUCUCGUACCGUUCCUCAUCCUUAACGCGAUCUUCUCACUCCUGGCAACCAGCCUCCCACUUACUGCCACUGCUGGGAUGCCAAAAACAAUGGAUCGAGGCUUCAAGUUGCUCGGCGAUACCUCUCCGGGAGGUCUUGGUCUCGACUCUGCUUUCAGUUUGGUCUUCGGAGCUGGUAUUGCAGCAGACGUGCUGGCCCUCAACUUUUUGUUCGCUGUCAAGAGCCAAGGAAGCUGGUUAGAGAUUGGACAGACAAUCACACAUUUCGUCAUGGCUAAUUUGCUGCAGAUCUUCAUGCUUGCGCUGGCAGCAGCAAGCUCUGCUAUUCUCGGGUGA